CCAUCGACAGAAUGUAACCAGCAUGAUCUGCCAACAAACAACAAUGAAAAUGUCGUCUAUGGUCAUCUGCGUUUGUUUAGCCUGGGUACAGAUUCUGCUGGUCAACGAAGCAGCUGCCAGCGAUGAUGAUAAUUUGUUGCCAGUAGGUAUUAAUGCUACCGGACGUGAUGACGACAUAAUACCGAUCACGUCAUCACCAAAUGGUGAUAUAACCACGGACCGAAAUUCAAUCUCAACAUUUCUUACCUCUCCGGCGAGUCCAACAUACAUUCCAACAGACAAUUCAAACGAUCCACUGAUAGAAAGCUUUAAUACUACCGGAAGUGAUGACGACAUGCUAUCGACCACGUCAUCACCAGAUGGUGAUAUGACCACGGACCCAAAUUUAAUCACAAUUUCAGCCUCAUCGGCGAGUACAACAGACAAUUCAAACGAUUCACUGAUAGAAGGCUUUAAUACUACCGGAAGUGAUGACGACAUUAUAUCAACCACUUCAUUACAAGAUGGUGAUAUGACCACAGACCGAAAUUCAAUCGCAACAAUUUCAGCCUCAUCGGCGAGUCCAACAUACAGUCCAACAGACAAUUCAAACAAUUCACUGAUAGAAGGCUUUAAUACUACCGGGAGUGAUGACGACAUGCUAUCGACCACGUCCCCAACGGAUGGUGAUACGACCUCCCUAGUGAGACUAACAGACCAUUCCAUUAUAGUCAACACAACAACAGACAUCAACGAUGACGCAGUUUCUAGCACAACAGAGACGCAUGCGUCAACGUCAACGCUUGCAUCCGUUGUGUCUACAAUGGACGAUGAUGUAAACAUAACCACAACAGACAGCAAAACUGCUUGGACAACACCAACACAGAGUUUUGCCGACACCACAACGUUGUUCAGAUCCACGUCACCCAGGAGUAGCCACCCGGCCUCCACAUCGCUAGACCUGACGUCACCAACGUUAAUCUCAAGCUCCACCUCCCCGUCUCCCCCACCUACGGACUCAAUAGAAAUCUGCGAGAUCUGCAACUUUAAUGGCGACUGUAACAGCAACCAUACCGAAUGCUAUUGUUUCCCGGGGUUCUUUGGUGACAAGUGUGAGUUUUUGGACAACUGUGUCGUCAGUCCAUGCCCAGUGGGGACAGAAUGCAUUCCACUACCAGACCAAGACUACAGGUGUGAAACCAAUGAUUCCAGCUCCUCUGUAGAAGUCAACUGUCCAUUUUGUAAUCGGAAUGGCGACUGUAUCUUAUCCAACAACUCGGAUGUUUACUGUGACUGCCAUCCGCCCUACCAAGGGCCUGCUUGUUGGGAGGUGCAGGACUACUGUGAUUUGGGGAUGUGUGAGGACAGGGACAGCCUCUGUCACCCCAGACAGACCGAUGCAGGCUUUCUCUGCAGACACGUGCUUACAUCAGCAGUGACCCUUCAGUACAAUGUCUCCUGUGAAUUCUGCUCAAGUAUUGGGGACUGUAUCACAGCCAGAAAUGACACAAGAUGCAGGUGUCCAUAUCCUUACUUUGGCGAGAAGUGUGAGAGGAGGGACCCGUGUCUUGCAGACCCAUGUGAUGACGUCAAUGACGUGUGUGUCAGGCUAGAGAAUUUCACCAGAAUAUGCAGACCAGCGUUGGCUAGGAAUUGUUCAUUCUGCAACUUUCAUGGAGACUGUUUCAAUGACUCGGUGUCCGGAUCCCAACUAUGUCAAUGUGUUUACCCAUUCCAUGGAGAGAGAUGUAAUGUGUAUACAAGAUGUGACAAGAGAUGUGACAGGGGCUAUGUUUGUGUGCAGAUGACCCCAAAUCGAACUCUGUGUGCCCAGGACGGCCAGGUGUUUCAGGACUGUAGCUGGGCCUGUGAGGGAAGCUGUGAGUUUCACAGGAUGCAGUUUCACUGUCUUUGUCCCCCUGGGUAUCAGUCCGAGGGGCGGAGAUGUGAAGACAUUGACGAGUGCCUGGACGGAAGUCACAAUUGCUCCCAGUCACUGUGUAUGAACUACCCCGGGGGAUACCACUGCGAAUGUCCGCCAGGAUUUGUGCAUCAGAAUGGAAGUUGUGUAGAAUUGGAUCUCUGUGAGUUGAAUAAACCUUGCAGUCAGGAGUGUGACAUGGUGGAUGGUGGCACUGUAUGUCGUUGUUGGAGUGGAUAUGUGCUGACUGAUGACCUGACCACAUGUAAGGAUGUAAACGAGUGUGACAAACUUAACAACUGCUCACAGACUUGUGUCAACACACCAGGAAGCUACCACUGUGACUGUGAAAUUGGAUUUCAGUUUGAUAAAGACGGCUUCACCUGCAUAGAUAUUGAUGAAUGUUCCUAUGCCGAUUUGUCCUUCAAUAACUGCUCACAAAGAUGUCUGAAUACACAUGGAAACUAUACCUGUAAAUGUUACAAUGGAUUUCAACUCGACAAAGAUGGUUUUAGUUGUGUGGACAUUGAUGAAUGUUCUAGCCCAGCCUUGUACAACUGUACACAGAAAUGUGUGAAUAUGGAGGGUAGCUAUAUCUGUGAGUGUGACUCUGGAUUUACUCUGGCAUCAGACAACAGGACUUGUCAAGAUUUCAACGAAUGUCAAGGUCUCUCCUUCCACAACUGUUCUCAGAAAUGUGUCAACCAAGACGGAAGAUACAGCUGUGAGUGUUUCCAUGGAUACACAUUGGAUUCCGAUGGUUACGGAUGUUUGGAUGUGGACGAGUGUAAAGAAGGUGUUCAUAACUGUACACAGAAAUGUGUGAACAAAGAUGGUAGUUUUUUCUGUGAGUGUUUACCUGGCUAUGAAUUAUCUAGUGACAGAGUGACUUGUGUAGAUGUUGACGAAUGUAAGGACGACACAGUUCACAAUUGUUCACAGCUUUGUUUGAAUACGGUGGGUUCAUACCAAUGUGAAUGUAGGAAGAGCUUUAUUCUGUCUAAGGACAACAUCACUUGUGAAGAUAUCAAUGAAUGUGAAGAGAAAGAUCUGAACAAUUGCUCUCAAAUCUGUGUGAACAUUUACGAUGGAUAUCAGUGUUCAUGUUCUGAAGGCUACAUGUUGAAAAGUGACAAUAGAACAUGUGUUGAUGUUAAUGAAUGUGACAGUGAUUUGUUAAACAAUUGUACCCAAAAUUGUCGAAACACACUUGGAAACUACACAUGUGAUUGUCAUUCAGGAUUUCAACUCAACAAAGAUGGUUUAAGUUGUGUGGACAUUGAUGAAUGUUCCAGCCCAGCCUUGUACAACUGUAAACAGAAAUGUGUGAAUAUGGAGGGUAGCUAUAUCUGUGAGUGUGACUCUGGAUUUACUCUGGCAUCAGACAACAGGACUUGUCAAGAUUUCAACGAAUGUCAAGGUCUCUCCUUCCACAACUGUUCUCAGAAAUGUAUCAACCAAGACGGAAGAUACAGCUGUGAGUGUUUCCAUGGAUACACAUUGGAUUCCGAUGGUUACGGAUGUUUGGAUGUGGACGAGUGUAAAGAAGGUGUUCAUAACUGUACACAGAAAUGUGUGAACAAAGAUGGUAGUUUUUUCUGUGAGUGUUUACCUGGUUAUGAAUUAUCUAGUGACAGAGUGACUUGUGUGGAUGUUGACGAAUGUUCUGAACAGUCAAAAAAUAAUUGUUCUGAUCUCUGUACAAAUACUGAUGGGUCUUUUCGAUGUGAUUGCUUCACUGGCCUCUAUUUGGAUAACGACAAUGUCACAUGUCAAGAUGUGAAUGAGUGCAUUAUCAAAGAACAUAACAAUUGUUCCCAAUCGUGUGAGAAUUUACGUGGUUAUUAUCUUUGUUCCUGUUUCCAUGGAUACGCUUUAUCUACUGACUAUAUUACAUGUUACGACAUCGAUGAGUGUGAAGAUGAGAUGUUGAAUAAUUGUUCACAAAAGUGUCGGAACACACUUGGAAACUACACAUGUGAUUGUCAUACAGGAUUUCAACUCAACAAAGAUGGUUUAAGUUGUGUGGACAUUGAUGAAUGUUCCAGCCCAGCCUUGUACAACUGUACACAGAAAUGUGUGAAUAUGGAGGGUAGCUAUAUCUGUGAGUGUGACUCUGGAUUUACUCUGGCAUCAGACAACAGAACUUGUCAAGAUUUCAACGAAUGUCAAGGUCUCUCCUUCCACAACUGUUCUCAGAAAUGUGUCAACCAAGACGGAAGAUACAGCUGUGAGUGUUUCGAUGGAUACACAUUGGAUUCCGAUGGUUAUGGAUGUUUGGAUGUGGACGAGUGUAAAGAAGGUGUUCAUAACUGUACACAGAAAUGUGUGAACAAAGAUGGUAGUUUUUUCUGUGAGUGUUUACCUGGUUAUGAAUUAUCUAGUGACAGAGUGACUUGUGUGGAUGUUGACGAAUGUUCUGAACAGUCAAAAAAUAAUUGUUCUGAUCUCUGUACAAAUACUGAUGGGUCUUUUCGAUGUGAUUGCUUCACUGGCCUCUAUUUGGAUAACGACAAUGUCACAUGUCAAGAUGUGAAUGAGUGCAUUAUCAAAGAACAUAACAAUUGUUCCCAAUCGUGUGAGAAUUUACGUGGUUAUUAUCUUUGUUCCUGUUUCCAUGGAUACGCUUUAUCUACUGACUAUAUUACAUGUUACGACAUCGAUGAGUGUGAAGAUGAGAUGUUGAAUAAUUGUUCACAAAAGUGUCGGAACACACUUGGAAACUACACAUGUGAUUGUCAUUCAGGAUUUCAACUCAACAAAGAUGGUUUUAGUUGUAUGGAGAUUGAUGAAUGUUCCAGCCCAGCCUUGUACAACUGUACACAGAAAUGUGUGAAUAUGGAGGGUAGCUAUAUCUGUGAGUGUGACUCUGGAUUUACUCUGGCAUCAGACAACAGAACUUGUCAAGAUUUCAACGAAUGUCAAGGUCUCUCCUUCCACAACUGUUCUCAGAAAUGUGUCAACCAAGACGGAAGAUACAGCUGUGAGUGUUUCGAUGGAUACACAUUGGAUUCCGAUGGUUAUGGAUGUUUGGAUGUGGACGAGUGUAAAGAAGGUGUUCAUAACUGUACACAGAAAUGUGUGAACAAAGAUGGUAGUUUUUUCUGUGAGUGUUUACCUGGUUAUGAAUUAUCUAGUGACAGAGUGACUUGUGUGGAUGUUGACGAAUGUUCUGAACAGUCAAAAAAUAAUUGUUCUGAUCUCUGUACAAAUACUGAUGGGUCUUUUCGAUGUGAUUGCUUCACUGGCCUCUAUUUGGAUAACGACAAUGUCACAUGUCAAGAUGUGAAUGAGUGCAUUAUCAAAGAACAUAACAAUUGUUCCCAAUCGUGUGAGAAUUUACGUGGUUAUUAUCUUUGUUCCUGUUUCCAUGGAUACGCUUUAUCUACUGACUAUAUUACAUGUUACGACAUCGAUGAGUGUGAAGAUGAGAUGUUGAAUAAUUGUUCACAAAAGUGUCGGAACACACUUGGAAACUACACAUGUGAUUGUCAUUCAGGAUUUCAACUCAACAAAGAUGGUUUUAGUUGUAUGGAGAUUGAUGAAUGUUCCAGCCCAGCCUUGUACAACUGUACACAGAAAUGUGUGAAUAUGGAGGGUAGCUAUAUCUGUGAGUGUGACUCUGGAUUUACUCUGGCAUCAGACAACAGAACUUGUCAAGAUUUCAACGAAUGUCAAGGUCUCUCCUUCCACAACUGUUCUCAGAAAUGUGUCAACCAAGACGGAAGAUACAGCUGUGAGUGUUUCCAUGGAUACACAUUGGAUUCCGAUGGUUACGGAUGUUUGGAUGUGGACGAGUGUAAAGAAGGUGUUCAUAACUGUACACAGAAAUGUGUGAACAAAGAUGGUAGUUUUUUCUGUGAGUGUUUACCUGGCUAUGAAUUAUCUAGUGACAGAGUGACUUGUGUAGAUGUUGACGAUUGUAAGGACGACACAGUUCACAAUUGUUCACAGCUUUGUUUGAAUACGGUGGGUUCAUACCAGUGUGAAUGUAGGAAGGGCUUUAUUCUGUCUAAAGACAACAUCACUUGUGAAGAUAUCAAUGAAUGUGAAGAGAAAGAUCUGAACAAUUGUUCUCAAAUCUGUGUGAACAUUUACGAUGGAUAUCAGUGUUCAUGUUCUGAAGGCUACAUGUUGAAAAGUGACAAUAGAACAUGUGUUGAUGUUAAUGAAUGUGACAGUGAUUUGUUAAACAAUUGUACCCAGAAUUGUCGGAACACACUUGGAAACUACACGUGUGAUUGUCAUUCAGGAUUUCAACUCGACAAAGAUGGUUUAAGUUGUGUGGACAUUGAUGAAUGUUCCAGCCCAGCCUUGUACAACUGUACACAGAAAUGUGUGAAUAUGGAGGGUAGCUAUAUCUGUGAAUGUGACUCUGGAUUUACUCUGGCAUCAGACAACAGGACUUGUCAAGAUUUCAAUGAAUGUCAAGGUCUUUCCUUCCACAACUGUUCUCAGAAAUGUGUCAACCAAGACGGAAGAUACAGCUGUGAGUGUUUCCAUGGAUACACAUUGGAUUCCGAUGGUUACGGAUGUUUGGAUGUGGACGAGUGUAAAGAAGGUGUUCAUAACUGUACACAGAAAUGUGUGAACAAAGAUGGUAGUUUUUUCUGUGAGUGUUUACCUGGUUAUGAAUUAUCUAGUGACAGAGUGACUUGUGUGGAUGUUGACGAAUGUAAGGACGACACAGUUCACAAUUGUUCACAGCUGUGUGAGAAUUCACAAGGAUCAUACAGUUGUCAAUGUGACAAAGGCUUCUUCCUGAAAGCUGAUAAUGUCACAUGUCAAGAUGUGGAUGAAUGUGACAAAAAUGACAAGAACACAUGUUCGCAGAUAUGUGUGAACAACAAAGGAGGCUUCACUUGUUCGUGUAGAGACGGUUUUGUUCUUUUGAAGGAUAAUGAAACUUGUGUUGAUGUUGAUGAGUGUAACGGAACGAACAGCAGAAUCUGUGACCAGAGGUGCACCAACACUGUGGGCAGCUAUACAUGUGGCUGUCUAGCUGGAUUCCGUCUGUCCACAGACAACGCCACAUGCGAUGACAUCAAUGAGUGUGACACAAAAGAGCUGAAUUCCUGUGAAUAUGAGUGUGUUAAUUCUAAUGGAACUUAUAGAUGUGCUUGCCCUCCUGGAUUCCUGCUUAAGGAUGAUGAGAGACAAUGUCUUGAUGUGGAUGAAUGUGAAGGGUCACAUGAUUGUUCACAGGGCUGCAUGAACUCCCCUGGAUCCUUUUCUUGUGUCUGUGAUCAGGGAUUCAGGUUAGAACUCGACAACAUCACCUGUGUGGAUAUCGAUGAAUGCUCCAACAAGUCUCAUCAUAUCUGUGAUCAAGAAUGCCAGAACACUAGAGGCAGCUAUGACUGUGGAUGCAGGGAGGGCUUCUGGCUGGGCCCUGAUAAAAAAUCCUGUGUCGAUAUCAAUGAAUGUGCUGAUAAAUUCAGGAACAACUGUAGCCAGGUGUGUGUGAAUGGAGAUGGAAACUUCUCGUGUGCAUGCCAGACUGGCUUCAAGCUGAUGGAGGAUGGGUUGUCUUGCACGGAUGUGGACGAAUGUCUCGACAAACAUCUUUGUAAUGGGUCCUGUGUCAACACAGAGGGUGGAUACAUUUGUGAUUGUCCGCGCGGCUACGAGGAGAGGGAGAGACUGUGUAAAGAUAUAGAUGAGUGUGCUGAUCCCAAAUUAAACAACUGUGUACAGAAGUGUGAGAACAGUAUAGGGGGGUACCAGUGUCACUGCUGGGAUGGGUAUAAAGAGAAAGACGGAAACUGUCGGCUGACCUAUAACAGAGAUCUAGAGACCAAAUUCACAACUUUCGUGGUGUCCAUGAAGGUCAGGUCACAAGAAUGGCAGGAGAAUUUGUUGAAUCCAAGCUCUGAGAUCUAUAGACAGGUGGCAGCACAGGUCCAGGGAAAUGUUUCCCAGGAGCUGACAGCAGCAGGAAUUACAUUUAAAGAGAUCCAUGUGAUAGGAUUCAGGAAAGGAAGCGUGAUAGUAGACCUGCUGGUUGUUCAGGGUAUCCAGACCAAAUCGUUACCUGCCAAAGAGGUCCUAGAGAAGGCGGUACAAAGGGGAAACAUAGGGGGCCUAGUAAUGGACCCCACCUUCUUUGUCAGCAAGGACGGAGUGGGAUACAUAAAAGGAAUAAAGAUGUACAAACCAGACAGCUACAUGAUUCUGGGAAACCAUGUGACUGUAUCCUGUCUAGUGUCAGCCGUAUCAAUGGACGGAGCUCUCGAUGUCCGCUGGAGAAUAAAUGGAAGACUCGUGAAGCCAUUGGCCAAUUCCAGAAUUCAGACAACAGAAAUCAAUCGUGACAGCUACGACCCCUCCCUGUACACCAGUAAUCUCGUAAUUGAUGGAAUAAAAAAGGUGGACACAGAGGGCAGGGUUGAAUGUGUGGCCAUAGUUGGUCAAGAGUCGCUGAGUAAUGACACCACCUUGCAGAUCUACACAGUGGAGAUGUCGGCACCUCAGUCUGCGGUGCUGAGAGGGAGCAGCGCCCAGAUUACGUGUAGAAUAACUCCCACCCCUCCAGCCAAUGAUGUCCUGACCCUAGUGUGGUGCCACAAUGGGGAGACUCUUUCUUCCUCCACACACAAUGAGUACCAAAUAUCAGCAGACUCCCCAUAUUCUGAAACUAUCAACAUCCCGUAUGCCCAGCAGUCAGAGACCUACAGCUGUGGAGUGAGGUACACUAAGUCAGAGGAUAGGACCUGCUCCCAGACUGUUCAGCUUAAUGUGUACAGCUCAGUGAACUCGCUGUGCCCUCGUGAAGAGAGAGACGGGAUUGUGUGGGAACCAGUUUAUGCCACACUGUCUGCCUAUCAACCUUGCCCCACAGGAUAUAUAGGUAUGAUAGAACGGCAGUGUGGGGCUGACGGACAGUGGGAGGAGCCUGAUGUUUCUACGUGUAUCAAGAGCAGCUUAGUCAGCAUCUUUGUUGAGGUGUCACAGGUGAGGGAUGGUUACGACACGAACAACAUCACUGGUGUACUGAAGGAUUUCUCUGCUGAGACGGCGCAGAUUACAAGUGACAAGAACAUCACAUCAGGUGACCUGGGAACCAGUGUCAACAUCAUCGCCAAUGUAGCUGCGAUUUCAGCAGGACGAGAGGACUUGGUGACGGACUCCGAUACACAGGAAUUUUUGUUUUCUGUGAAUAAUGUAUUAAAAGAAGACAUCAAACCUGUCUGGGAAAAUUUACAGCAAAAGAGGGGUUUGAACAAAGCUGCCCAGCUGAUGAAUGCAGUGCAUGAGUUUGGAAACAGCGUUACUAAGAGACUGCCCCGGGGAGAGACAAAAACUCUGUCUCAGCAGAACAUAGUUGUUGAGUAUAAGAAGUCUGUGAUAGAAGAUAUAACUUUUCCAAUGUCCAAACUCAACCCCAGUGCAGAUUACAAGAGCGUUGUUCAGCUGAGGGAGGGAACGCUGAAGAAGUUCACAUCAGGGAAUGAUACUGUGGACUAUGCAGCUACCUACUACAAAACUCUGUCUGCACUGUUCCCGAAGAAAUCUUCACAAAACAGCAACUUAAUUAAUACAGACAUUAUUGCAUUUUCUCUUGCCAAUGGAGAAACAGAAAACUUGGAUCCACCCCUGAAACUCGAAUUUCUACUACACAAGGUUAUUGAAGAUCAAAAUGCGAUAUGUAGCUAUUGGGAUUUUAAUCAAAGCUCCUGGUCAGACAGAGGCUGUUAUACAGUAUUCAAGAACGCUACCCAGGUCACAUGUCACUGUAAUCACAUGACCAACUUUGCUGUUUUGAUGAGUUCCGUGGAAGCUUCCAAGUCAGAGAAUUACGUCCUCGGUCUGAUAUCAAUUGUUGGUUGCACAAUCUCCAUCGCUGGACUUUUAGCUACCGCUGUCUGUCACCUCAUGUUCUGGAGGCAUGUAAAAUCUGACAAAACCAAGAUCCUUCUGAACCUUUGCCUCGCCUUGACGAUUGCUCUGACUAUAUUUCUUCUGGGUGUGGAGCGAACACAGCACCAGAUCCUGUGUACAACCAUUGCUGUUCUCCUCCAGUACUUUUUCCUGGUAGCCUUCUUCCUGAUGUUGGCAGAGGGCAUCACCAUAGCCGUGUCUGUGAUCAUGGUCUUCUGGACCAAUUCCAAGGUCAAGGUCCUUCUGCCAUUGGCUUGGGGUAUACCGGUGGUGAUUGUUGCCAUAUCAAUGGGAGCUACAGGACUAAAAGGAUAUGGAAACAACAAAUUUUGCUGGCUGACCAUUGAGCAGGGAGUUAUUUAUGCCUUUGUUAUCCCAGCCUCCACUAUAAUUGUGGUAAAUUUGAUAAUCACUGCCAUAGUCCUGAGAGCGUUGUUUUCCACUCGAGCCGUCAUGAGCAAAUCUCAGCAGGACAAAAUCAGGGCGGGUGUCCGCAGCGUGGCAGUCCUAACACCUAUCCUAGGGAUCUCCUGGAUCUUUGGAGUUCUGUCUGUGAACUCAAGCACCAUUUUCUUCCAGUACUUAUUUACUAUAUUCAACUCUCUCCAGGGUUUCUUUGUAUUUGUGUUCCACUGUGUGCUGAACAGAUCCAUUUCGGAUGUAAUAAGAAGAAAAUGUCAUUGUCUUCGGAGACGAGAUGAAUCAUCCAAGAACAGACAUAAAAGUGAAACCAGCAAUAAGUUUUCUACUGCAAACCCAUUGUCAAAUGGCACAAGGUCUUCACAACUAUCAAAUUCUAGCUCAGACUACAGCAAUGGAAACCAAAAGAAUGGGCAUCACUAUUCAAAUAAGGCCUACACCAACGAUCAGGACACAGAUAAAAAAAUGGCAGCCAUGGAUGAGAAGAGUUUAAAGCUAUCCGUCAGUCCAGAUCUCCGCCAAAAAAGACAUAACAGCCCAACAGGAAGUGUCAAAAGUGACCUCCUAUUUGUCCAGUGGGCAGAUGAACAGAAACGUUCCAUAGCGUUUAAUCCCUCCCCUAUAGGAAGCAUCAAGUCUUCCAAAUCGCCAUUUUCUUCACCGUUUAAGUAGCCUCCCACGGAGUAUAUGAAAUGUAUUUCUUGACUGCAUUUGAGGCCAAAAAGGGUAUUUCUUGGACUUGAGAAUGAUGGAAAUGUUGAAAACCACUAAAUAUGGUUCCUGUCAACAGUCUCAAGUGAUUAAACAGCAUGACCGUCUAAUCUGCACAUUGAGCUUGAGUAGUAAUGGGAUGUUCCAUUGAGGGCUUUAGAAUCACAACUAAAUCCUUCAGCAAUACCAACACUGGGCCCACUGAUUCAGGACGAUAUCCAUUCAUUUCAAACUCUCAGAUAACUGAUUUGUUGCAUGAAAUGAUUUAUUUACUUUUCAUGUAAAAUGUCUUUCAUUAAUGUAUGCAGCAGUUUAACUCUUUAAUCAAUGAAAUGUAUAUACACUGUA